GAUUUGAGUCUGCGCAGAGCGCGUAAAACCAAAACGAAGAGAAAGCAGGAGAGUCGAACGGUAAAUCGGUCGCAGCAAAAUAAACUUUUAGAAUUCCCAGCGAGCGGAGUCUUGAAGAACACUUAAAAAAAAAAAAAAUCAUCCGCCUAUGGAAACCUGACUGUCAAAACUAUAAGAAGCAAUUAGAAACGUAAAAAGAAAUGAGCAGGAGGAGCGGAAAUCAGGACAUAAGUACCAAAUCGGAGAAGAUGCAGCGUUACUACGCUGAGCGCGAGACCACAGGACCCGAGUUCGACGAUCGCUUGAUAAAGCUUGUUCGAGCUAAUCCGGCAAUAUACGACGUAAGCCAUCCGCAUUAUCGUCGCAAUCCUGUUCGUGUGGACAUAUGGGAUCGCAUAGCCAACGAACUGGGCGCCUCCUCUCGAUUUCUGCAGACCAAAUGGAAGAACAUACGUUACAACUAUCUGCAAGAGGUUAAGGCAAUCGAGACUGGCCAGGCAAAUCCGAAUGUACGUAAACGACGCUUUACGGAAGAUUUAUCCUUUCUGCAGAAUACGGCCCAAACCUACAAUGUCAAGAAGUCCCAGAGCUAUGUGGCUCCUCAGAAUGGAGGAGGAAGUGACAACGACAGCAAUAGCUUCCUGUAUCCCGAUCCGGAGCAUCUGAAAAUCGACGCCUCUGAGGGCUACGACAUUAUCGAGCUGGACAACAGUGAGGAUGGCUCCAAUAGCGACGACAACGAGAUUGUACCGGAGUUACAGCUGGUCAUGGAGGAGCGGAAGCAGGAACUAUCCUUGCAGUCAACACUAAACGGCACAAGUAAUAGCAAUCACAGCCACGAACAUGACCACCCCAGUUCGCCAGCGUCCUCACCCCUGCUCACGCCCAUGGUUGUCAUGGGAAAUGGUUACGACCAGGAAAUGCAUUCCCAGCAGCAACCCCCGGAGCAGAAACCGAUUAAGAAUAGCUCGCUCUCCAACGGAGAGGUUACUAUUGAACCUAUUUACAAGCAGGCGGCCGUAAGGCGCACGUUACCCAGCGACUUUCUUAGCAAUCCCUUCAAGCGUAAGGCUCCCGAAGCGCCGCUUCAGGCCCCAGUGACGACUCCCUACAGUGAUCCCAUCGAGCUUUACUGCCUUUCGCUGGUGGACACACUUCGCAGCAUGCCGAGAUCGGAGAGAGAGCGUGUUAAGUUCGAGUUCGCAAGCAUUCUGAAGGACGCCAAAUACAAGGACGAGUGCUAAAGAAUCGCUAUUCUAUACGUACAAUUUUCUAUUAGUCACUUUAGUAAUAAACAACGCACUAAAACACGCCCAGAUGAACACUCAUUUUAUGUAUUUUUAAACUUACAUAUAAUUUGUAUAUCUGCGUUCUAGGCUAAGCUCUCCUAAGUUAAUUUGUAUUAGGAUGAGUCGAUAUGUGUCCAUAUCUAUUCAGUUGUAUCAACAAUGAUCCAAAAUAAAUUAUGCACAAAAUAAGGUA